CUUGGAGGGAGCCGGCUGGGAGAGCUGUGAGCUGGACUGUACCUGUCAUCAUUGGACCUCAACAGAACCUGGACCACCUUCUGGGGACAUUCAGCACUAUGAGCAAACCUGCAGGAUCAACAAGUCGAAUCUUGGACAUUCCCUGUAAAGUGUGUGGGGACCGCAGCUCAGGAAAACACUAUGGAGUUUAUGCUUGUGAUGGCUGUUCUGGUUUCUUCAAGAGAAGCAUUCGAAGGAACAGAACUUAUGUGUGCAAAUCUGGGAAUCAGGGAGGCUGUCCGGUGGACAAGACGCACAGGAAUCAAUGUAGGGCAUGCCGUCUGAAAAAAUGUUUAGAAGUCAACAUGAAUAAAGAUGCUGUUCAACAUGAAAGGGGACCAAGAACAUCCACCAUAAGGAAGCAAGUGGCUCUAUAUUUCAGAGGACAUAAAGAUGUCAAUGGAACCACGCCUCACUUUCCCUCAGCAGCCUUGCCAACACCUACUUUCUUCACCACUGUUAGUCAGCUGGAGCCACAUAACCUAGAGCUGGCGGCCGUGUCCACCACUACCGAGAGACAGACAUUGAUUGGCCUUGCACAGCCAACGCCAAAGUACCCACAUGAAGUGAAUGGAGCUCCAUUGUACCUCUAUGAAGUGGCCACUGAAUCAGUCUGUGAAUCUGCAGCCCGACUCCUAUUUAUGAGCAUUAAAUGGGCUAAGAGUGUGCCAGCUUUCUCUACUUUGUCUCUACAAGAUCAACUGAUGCUCCUGGAAGAUGCAUGGAGAGAGCUAUUUGUUCUGGGAAUAGCACAAUGGGCCAUCCCGGUUGAUGCAAGCACGCUACUGGCUGUAUCUGGAAUGAACAAUGAUAACACUGACUCGCAGAAGCUAAAUAAAAUUAUUACUGAGAUCCAAGCUUUACAGGAAGUCGUGGCAAGAUUUCGCCAGUUACGGUUGGAUGCAACCGAGUUUGCUUGCCUCAAAUGCAUUGUCACUUUUAAAGCUGUACCGACACAUAGUGGCUCCGAACUGAGGAGUUUGAGAAAUGCUGCAGCCAUAGCAGCCCUACAAGAUGAGGCUCAGCUAACUCUCAACAGCUACAUACAUACAAGGUAUCCAACCCAGCCCUGUCGUUUUGGAAAACUCCUACUGCUUCUACCUGCAUUACGGUCUAUCAGCCCAUCAACAAUAGAAGAAGUAUUUUUCAAGAAAACAAUAGGCAAUGUACCCAUCACAAGACUGCUCUCAGAUAUGUACAAAUCCAGCGAUAUCUAA